AUGCACUACUAUAGACUUAUAGUUUUUACUAUUAUUCUCUUUUCUGUGGUCACCUGUUAUGGGGAACAUGUAGCAGACAGUACCGAGCGUCAGCAUGCAGAGUUAAGUAAGGCGGCUCUAUCAAAUGAUAUGCUACAAAUUUACAGUAGCAAACUUUGUAUGGAUAAUUCAAUGCUGACAAUUAACCACCUUCACACAGUCCUUUAUCCAAAAUUAGGAACCUUGGAAUAUAAUAUUGAUGGCAAUGUCACGUUGCAGGAAAAGGUGAUACUGAAAACAGUAAUUUCAGUGUAUGGUCUAGCGAUAAUUAGUCGACAGAUCGAUUUAUGUUCCCUGAAUCAAAAAGGCAUAUGUCCUCUACGUCCUGGUAGAAUUGACAUCAAAGGAACAUAUAAAAUACCGCAGAAUGUCAUUGAAAAAAUCCCCAAACCAAUCUUUGUCAUACCAAAUCUAGAUUUGGAAGUUGACUUUCUGCUAUAUAACCAUGGUGACACUGAGUUGCUCAAAGAAUUGGCGUGUGUACAGGUGCAUGUUACAAAUAAUAAAACAGUAACAAAUGUGUAUGCGUUUUGGAUAACAGCGGCACUAUCAAUUUCUAUUCUUUUAGCAUCCAUUUAUGCACUAUGUUGGGGAUAUACCUUAACAAAUACGUAUCUACUUUUUACUGUUUAUACGUUGUUUGCUCAUAUUCAAGGUACUGCAAUGCUUCGUAUGCUUACGUUGCCUAUAAUAUCUUCAAUGGUUCAGUCGUGGAUAAUCAAUUAUCAAUGGUCUUUAGGAACCAUACCCAGCCGAUAUGUACAAGGAGUUGCUGACUGGUAUGUAUUAGCCACUAGUACAUAUCCUUUCAACCAUAUGGAGGCAGCUUCCUUUAUCAAUCCAGAAAGAUAUAGGUUGAGUAGUGAUGAAACUUUGAAUGUCAAGGCUGAAGAGAUAGAUACCAAUAAAAUUACUCUCAUGGCUUCGGAAACUAUGAAAUAUUUAGGUGCACAUAGAUACGCAUUUAGAGAAGACUUUAUUUCGUCAAAUAUAUUCGUGACAUCAAUCAUAACUCUGGCAUCAUUGAUUGUGGUUACUCUCAUAUUUCUGAAUGCGGUAAUAAUAUCUAUCAAUAUCAUGAUAAAAAUUCCCCAUAAUAGCAAGUUCAAUUACAUUGGAUUUUUAGGGCGAAAUUAUACUCGAAUAAUCAAGGCAAACCUUUUCAGGGUGCUAUUAAUUUUAUUUCCACCAAUAGUACUCAUAUCUGUGUCAGAGUUCAAUUGCAAGAGCUCACCCGCCCUAUUGGUUGAUGCAGUUGUUAUUUUUGCAAUUGCAUUACUUUUAUUAUUAUAUGCUGUCUACCGUUUGUUCAUUCAGGCCAGAAAAUCAAAAAGAACAUAUGGGACAGUCAAGUACUCACUUUUUGUUGAUGACCAGUUCGUAGCUAAAUAUGGUCUUCUUUUCUUACAAUUCAAAUCAAGCUGUUACUGGUGGCUACUUGUCCAAGUUGUUUACGGUUUUGCCAAACCAUUUUCCAUAAGUAUGUCGCUAUUUAAUGGAAAACUCGGAGUGACAGCGUUAUUCGUGACGGAACUCAUUUAUUCCUUAUGUUCAUAUAUUUUCCAGCCAUACAUCAGUCAUCGUAUGAACCAAGUUCACUUCUUGGUGCAUGGUGUUACAGUGUUACAUCUAUUUUUUUUCUUUUUUUUGCUGACGUUAUCCAGACACCUAAAAUCAUAG